AUGACGUUCUGGGCAGGGGGCGAGGAGACGUGGGAGAAGUCGCCGGGAGGGCCGCCGCGGGCUGGACGGGGGCAGCAGUGGGCGGAUGGAGAGGGCGGAGACGGCUACCUCAGAGACCUCCUUUUCGCCCCGGAGGAGCUGGCGAAGUACAACGGAAGGAAGAAGAAGGAGCUCUAUCUGGCCAUUUCCCGGGCGUUCCUGACCGGAGACUUUUCCGAAGGCGGCCUCACGGACGAGGUGUCCGGCCUCACGGACGAAGACUACCGGGCUCUCGACGAGCAGGCCGACUUCUACGACAGCAAAUAUAAAUACGUUGGGAAGGUGAUGGGCAGGUACUUCGACGAGAGGGGGAAGAUGACCGCUUACGGGAAGCAGGUGGAGCGGUGGAUUCGAAAGGCAAAAGCGGCGGAGGAGCUUGAGGACGCGCGAGCUUUUCCCCCGUGUCACUCCGAGUGGAAGCAGGGGCACCCUCCCCGGGUAUGGUGCGACCAGAGGAGCGGAGGCAUCGUUCGAGACUGGGCGGGAGUCCCACGGAUGGUGGACACGCCCGGAGGAGACACGCGAUGCGUGUGCGUGAGGGACACCGGGACACCCACCCACCGCUACGCUGGCGUGGACGACCGCGGCGACCUGGAGAAUCCCCAUCUAAAGGAAUACGAGGACUGCGAAUCGGCUUCCCCUUCGUGCCUCCUUCCUCCUGUCUAG